AUGACGUCACUGGUCAUAUUCGACGUCGACACCAACCAACUUUCCGAUUUUAGGAAGAAUAGUCCUAAGUUGACCACUGUUAGAUUUUCAGACAGCAAUUUCUCUGGAGAAUUACCUCAACAUUUAUGUAGCGGGUUUGCUCUUGAAGAUGUGAGUGUGAAAAACGACAGUUUUACAAGGCCAUUACCAGAGUGCUUGAGAAAUUAUUCAAGAUUAACAGUUGCACAGUUCUAUAAGAACCAAUUCACUGGAAAUAUUACGAAUGCAUUUAGGGUUUAUCUGAAACUCGAAAAAUUGGAUCUCAGUGAGAAACAAUUCAUGGGUGAAAUCUCAGUGAAGUGGGGUGAAUGUAAAAAUCUCAGAGACUUGCAAAUGGAUGAGAAUAAGAUUUCAGGUCGGAUCCCACCUGAGAUCAGAAAGUUAUCCUGGUUGCAGCGUAUGACACGUGAAAACAAUGAGCUAAGUGGGGAGAUUCCAGCUGAACUGGGUAACGUACAAAUGCUAUACAAGCUCAAUCUCAGCAACAAUCAUUUUUCUGGGAAAAUCCCUGAGAGUAUUGGGCUGUUAAGCUUGAACUUAAGCCACAACAAUCUUUCCGGCGAAAUACCAUCAGAGAUUGGCAACUUGGUUUCUUUGCAAACAUUGUUGGAUCUCAGCAGCAAUUCUCUAUUCAGAGAAAUCCCAUCAAGCUUCAUCAAGCUAACAUCUUUGGAGAUUCUGAAUGUCUCGAAUAGCCAUCUCUCCGUGCUAGUGUUUACCAUUGUGUUGGCUACUUUUCUUAUGCGUCAUCGCCAAUUAAGAAUCCAAGAUGAAGAAAACAGAAUUGUUAAAAACUCAAACAUCUCGAAGUCCAUAAUAUGGGAGAAAGAAGGAAAGUUUACAUUUUGGGAAGUCAUGAACGCCAUUGAGAACUUCGACGACAAGUACCGCAUCGGCAAUGGAGGAUUUGGCAUCGUAUACAAAGCCACUUUAUCUUCUGGUCUUACCAUUGCAGUUAAGCGGUUGAAGAUAACAGAGUCCAUUGACAUCUUGGAAACAAAUCGCCUGAGUUUUGAGAAUGAGAUAAGGACUCUGACGAACAUUCGGCACUGUAAUAUCAUAAAGCUACAUGGGUUCUGCACCAGGAAGGGCUUCAUGCAUUUUGUUUAUGAAUAUAUAGAAAGAGGAAGUUUUAGAAAUGUGUUGUAUGGUUUGGAUAAUGAAGAAGAUAAGCAUCUGGGUUGGGAUAAAAGGGUGAGAAUUGUUCAAGGACUGGCUCAUGCACUUUCCUACUUGCACCAUGACCGUUCACCAUCGAUUGUUCACCGUUAUGUGUCAUUGGGCAAUGUAUUGCUGGAGUUGGAUUACGAGCCACGGCUGUCGGAUUUUGGCACUACCAGACUGUUGAGCCCUGAUUUAUCAAACUGGAUUGCUAUUAUUGGGUCAUACGGCUACAUGGCCUCUGAACUAGCGCUUACAAUGAAAGUUACAGAGCAAUGUGAUGUAUAUAGCUUUGGAGUGGUAGCUUUGGAAACAAUGAUGGGAAGACAUCCAGGGAAACUUCUGGAUGGUCUAUCAUGGCCAUCAACAUCAACAUCAGAGAAUAUUAAUGUAGAAAGUUUGCUGUUGAAGGACAUUUUGGACCACUGA